CGAGCAGCGGCUAAUGACAGCAGCUAGCGUUUAGACCAUAGACUGUGUGUAAUUUAGACCUCAGCCUGGACGUUAAAGGGGACAUAGGGAUGAUUAAAUAUUUCCCUGCCGUGUUACUUUAAUGAAUUCAAGUGUCUGCUGUGCUUACUUACUUUCCAGGGACAGUAUUAGCGUGUUUUGAUUUUGAUAACAAGCUAAGGAGCUAGCUCGCUUAGCCUCGGCUGAUUUUGAAGUCAUGAACUCUCUGGUCGGAUAUGGAGUGUCCUCUGAGUCUGACAGCGAUGGCGAGGAUGGAAACAAGGAUGGAGUCGGUUGUGUAAAGGAGGUGUGUGAUGAGGCAUCGGCUGCGAAAAAGAGCCGAAACUUCCUGCUGGAGUCUGGCUCAGCCUCCAGUGAGUCAGAAUCAGAGGAAGAGGACACACAAACGUCUUCAUUAAUACCACUUACCCAAAAACCGGAGUCCUCUUCAGCUUGCCAGUCCAGGGUGUCUGCUCCCUCUCUGGGCCCCCUCUCCUCCAGUAAACUGCCUCCUCCUCCUCUUCACACCUGCUCUGACAGCAGUGUAUUUGCCAACCCGUUCAAGGCUCAGGCAGAGCAGAAGCUGAGCGCCCUGCAGAAACACGUCCCCCUCACCAUGCACGCCAAACCCUCCCACAUAGGAGGCAAGAGGAUGUGCGUGUCCUACAGGAAAGACGGAAGGUGCAGGUUUGGGAUCAAAUGCAAGUUUGCUCAUGACAGUGACCUCCAGACUGACAUCCACACACCUGUGAGUGAAGACACACCUGUGUCAGAUCAGUCACAUGCAGGUGAAGGAUCCCAGAACCCCCGGCAGGACAUCAAAGAGGAAGAGUCAGGAGGGCAGCAGGUGAAGAAGAGGAAGGUCGGACUGAGUAACACGUUGAUUCCUCCUAAAAGAGCCAUGAAGCAGUACACCAUGCAGAGGGAGAGAGAGCAGGUCAACAUGUCCUGAUGGGUGUUUUCUGAGCUGUCAUAAAGCAAUAUUACUGGGGUAUGUCCUCUGUGUAUGUGUUGUAGAAAUUGUGCUCUAUCCUAUAGGACCAAUUAAUAACUCAGGCAUAGUUAAAUCCAGCACUUUAGUCUAAAGCUUCUAACACUUUUAUUACCCACAAUCCCAUAUUGAGAGCAGUUUGUGGGUUCAAGAAUAUUUUGUCAUGUCAGGGCUCAACAAGGAUUGCCCAAUAGCCAAGGGCAAGAAAACUGCAAAGUCAGGCUUGUACAUCUAACUUUAUAGCCCAUAGAAAAAGGGGUUAAAAAAUUAACCCUCUGAAACCUAAGAAAAUCUGCUUGAUUUCUUUUAAAAACAUGGAAAGAAGGAAAUGUGUACCAAAA